GUCUUAUUUGAAUUAAAACUAUCUGAUAAAGAUCAGAAAGAAUUACAAGAAGAAUUUGCACUUAAAGCACUGUCUUCUGCUCAUGUCCUAACUAAGGAUAGAAAAGGUGUAUUUGGUGACAAGUUUAAAAAUUUAGUCAAGAAAGAAAAUACCAAAACUAAACUAUAUAAUGAUGCUAAUAGGGAAAAGCAUAGAUUUUAUUUAUCUAAUCAAACUAACUAA